UUCGAGCCGGAACCGCCACCAUUGAACUACAGUCUCUGGCCACGCAAAUGGAGCAUCAUCAUAUUCUGGUCAUUGAUCCUUAUCGACUGUAUCGCUAUGCCUAUUGGGCUGUACUUUGGGUUAUGGUAUGGCACGGACUUGUCACCGAACACGGUCUUCUCCAUUGUCACGGCGGCGCUAGGCGGUGUUAGUAUAAUAGAAUACUUUCUCCGCCUCAAGCGCCUACUGCGGAAGAACAGCACUGCCCGGCCGAUUGGCGCGCGGAGAUGGUACCUCGACUUCUUUCACUGGAACUUCACGCUCGGUUGGUUUGUUAUCAUGAUCGAGCUGAUUGUUGGCACCAUCCCCGAGGACCCACCUAUCCGCCUGCUCGCCAUGCCCGUCGUUUCCAUGCUCUACGUCUUCGGCACGGAACUCAUCAUCGCCGACGUCCUCCGUCUCUUUCACAUCCCAGCACCCUUCCGCAUCUCAUCCAUGCCAAAGGGUAGCCAACUCCGCCCCUGCGUCUACUCCAUCAUCGAAGAUGUCGUUGCCGUCGACGGCUCUGGCGGCGUGGCAUUCCGAGAAGCGCUCAACAAGCGCUACGAAGACUCGCAUGUCUUCCGCGCUAUGCUACGCCGUCUCGGCGCGUUCUGGGCAUUCGGUAUGGAAGCCAUUGCGAUUGUUUUGACGAUCUUGAUCUUCACGGUGCAGCAUGAAGCGGCGUAUGUGAUAGGAUGGAGCGUUCCGUUCAUUUGGGCUGGGAUCUGGAUUGUGAUUACUUACUACUACGUCAAGAAGAAGCUACGGGAGGAGAAGGUAGCAUGGACGGAAGAGAUCGCGGCAAAAGCU